GCACCGCAUCCCAACCGUCGCUCGUACCAACUGAUGAGAAGUAUCUUACUUCCCAUCCUGAAUCCACAAACUGCCAGUUCAUUUGCGCAAACGCUCAGGAGGAGUUUCGGAAAUCGAAGUUGAGUUCGUUGGUUUUCUAUUCUUUAAACACCUGACUAAGUUUGACCAUUUGGAGAACAAUUCGGAUAUCAUUCCAACACCAAUCCAGUUGGAAUUAGAGUUAUGGCACUAUCAAUGCUGCGCAGCGGUUUGCUUUUUCUGUGUCUGACAACUAUCCAUACUUGCCAUGGUGGCGGACAGAACUGCAUGGAUAAACACCAGGUGGUUGGUGUUCUCCGUCAGAUGGAGAAGUUUCUGAAGGGACAGGAGAUGAGGUUCACAGAGGGACUACGCAUCAUGAAGUCCAAACUGGCAACCCUACAGAACUCAGUCUCCAAGUUGCCUCAGGCCGAUCAGUCGGCUGCUCCCUCUGUAUGCCCCUCCCUGGAAGCCCCUGUCCACGGGACGAAGUUUGGCUCCAAGUAUUUCAUCAGUCAUGAAGUCCAUUUCACCUGUUCCCAUGGUUACCAUCUGGUGGGCCCCGGGACACGUGUGUGUCAAGAGAACGGGAGUUGGAGUGGUGUCAACACCAUCUGUAAAGAUGUGAGUGAGUGCUCCAGUAACCCAUGCCAGAAUGGAGGGACCUGUGUAGAGGGAGUCAACCAAUACAAGUGCACCUGUCCACAGAGCUGGAGUGGAUCCAACUGUCAGCACCAGACACAGACAGCGCCACCUGAGUGGAGCGUCAUGGACGACCCUGCGUUUAGCCGACGACCCCGCUGUGCCAAGGUGGACAGAGCCCAACACUGUAGCUGCGACGCUGGUUUUCACAUGAGUGGCACCUCGGACAACAGCAUCUGCCAGGAUGUGAACGAGUGUGAGGUGUACCGGCUGGACCAGGGGGGCAAGCUGUGUGUGUAUGAGUGUGUCAACGUCCCAGGCUCCUACCAAUGCUCCUGCCCCAGAGGCUACAAGCUGCUGCCUGAUGGAAGGAGCUGUGAAGAUGUGGAUGAGUGUCUGACCCAGCAGCACAACUGCAGUAGAGGAACAACAUGUAUCAACACAGGAGGAGGGUUCCAGUGUGUGAGCCCGGAGUGUCCCCGAUCACACGGCAACAUCAGCUACGUCAAGACGUCUCCCUUUCAGUGUGAGAGGAACCCCUGCCCUAUGGAGAGUCGUUCCUGUCACCUGGCUCCUAAGACGGUCUCCUUCCACUACCUCUCCCUCCCCUCCAACCUCCAGACCCCGGCUACCCUGUUCCGCAUGGCGACUGCCGCCGCCCCCGGCCGCCCCGGCCCCGACAGCCUGCGAUUCGGCAUCGUUGGGGGCAACAGCCGCGGGAUGUUCGUGAUGCAAAGGUCGGACCGCCAGACGGGUGAACUGAUCCUGGUUCAGGGGUUACGAGGACCGCAGGAUAUCAGCGUUGAUGUGGAUAUGUCCGAGUAUAGUGAGCGCACCUUCCAGGCUAAGCAUGUGGCGAAGGUGCAUGUUCUUGUGUCGGCCUAUGACUUCUGAGGAGGAUUUACAGACAGAGGACAGAGGAGCGAGUGAGAGGGACAGAAGGAAGGAGGAGAAAAAAAAGAGCAUUGGACAGAGGGAUGAGGGAGGGAGAAACGAGUGAGAAUGACAGAGGGAGAAGGAGAAGUUAAAAGAAAAUGAGAGAGACAGACACAGAAUUGUUUGGACUGACAUUGACUAUAAAGUAUAUUAGUGAGGAUGUAACUGAAAUUAAUGAAUGGUUGAUUGAGUGAGUGAGUUAAUGAAUGUGAGUGAGUAAACAUUUGUGAAACAAACUGACAAAGUGGUAAUGGAAUGGUAAUAUUAUUUUUCUUUCAUUCGCUCAGGAGUUGGGCCCUGGGGUUGCCAUAGUGACCGGAGGCGGCGCUCAUGUAUGUGGAAUACCAUUGGCUAGAUCUGUUUAAAGGCCCACUCCUUCAUUUACUUAGUUUUCGUUUAAAGCUGAUGAUCAAAAACGGCUGUAAAUGUCACAGAGUAGUCCUUUAAGAGACAUGAACCAAUGCUUGCGUCCAAAGUGGCACCCUAUUCCCUAUUAAGUGCACAACUUAAUUGUGCACUAUGUAGGGAAUGGGGUGCCAUUUGGGAUGCACACCCGGUAUAACAUGGCUCUGAUUUAUCUGAAUAUUUUGUUGCUGUUGUUUAUUGUUACAUACUCAGUGAUUCAAUGCAGUGUGCUUUUACAAUUUGUAUCAUUUACACCAGUUUUUUACUGACUUGCUUCUUGAUUAUAGGACCUAAACACUUGGAACAACUAAGAGUGUUUUUUCCCCAUUUUUUUAUUUUAUUUUUACAAUAGAAACAGUAAUAUUGUACUUGGACAUAUUUCCACUAUGCUCAUAUUCAGUAUGUAAUUAAGAUAUGAUGUAAUUAUUACAUGGUAACUACAGUGAUUUGGCGGCCUUGCCAAUGCAGUGUACAAUAUAUCAGCCAUCUAAUGUUUUAAUAAGUCAUUAUUAUUGCACAACUAUUUCUCCAUACAUGAAAUAAAGACAGU